GAAACUUAUUCAUGUUUACUGCUUCAGUGGUAAAACAGCUAUGGCAGCAAGUGUUGGCAUUGACAGUGAUUUUGCAUAUGUGAAAAUUAUAUCAGCAGAAACAAUGAUUGGUUUCAGUGAAAGCAGUAAAUGUGCACAGAUUUGCAAGGUCAGUGAUAUUCUGUACAUAACAUUUAGGUUGAUGUUUCAGAUAAGUGCAAUAAUUGUUAAUACUAUACUAUGUCCAAAUGAUACCUGAUUUUCUGGAUGAAGCCGCAAGGACAAAGAACUACAGUGGAGCAGAGUUGGAAGGUGUUGUCAAAAGUGAUGUCUCGUUUGCUUUGAACCGGCAGAUAACCAUGGAUGACCUCACUAAACCUUUGGAUGAGGAAAGCAUUAAGGUUACUAUGGAUGACUUUGUGAAUGCACUUCAUGAAAUUACUCCUGCAUUUGGUGCUUCCACCGAUGAUCUCGAAAGAUGCAGAUUGCGAGGUAUUGUUGACUGUGGUAAGGCACAUAAGCACAUUUACCAGAGAGCUAUGCUCCUUGUAGAGCAAGUUAAAGUUAGCAAAGGUAGUCCACUUGUGACUUGCCUGUUGGAAGGUCCUACUGGAAGUGGUAAAACAGCUAUGGCAGCAAGUGUUGGCAUUGACAGUGAUUUUGCAUAUGUGAAAAUUAUAUCAGCAGAAACAAUGAUUGAUUUCAGUGAAAGCAGUAAAUGUGCACAGGUUUGCAAGAAGGGCUACUUCUCAGGGGAGUCGAAGAAACACUCAGAUGUGUUCCGUGAUAUCUCAGAAUUAGAUUUCUUUCCAUAUGCUACAGAUUCAGAUAGCGAAGAACUUGAACUGAAGGAGCAGAAACCUGUUCUGAAGGCUCAGUCGGGAGGCGAUUCAAGUGGCAACAGCUCAAACGAUUGCUACUUCCCAGGCCUUCAUGAUGACCUGUCACAAGACUGUCUUGCCUGGGCAAGCAGAUCGGACCACCCUUCCCUUUCUUGUCUGAACAAGAGAUUCAAUCUGUUAAUGAACAACGGGUAUCUGUACAAGCUACAAAGGAAAUACAACAUCAUUGAGCACUGGGUGUACCUCACUUGUAGCCUGAUGCCCUGGGAAGCAUUUGAUCCAUCGCAGAGACGGUAG